GUGACAUGGCAUUGGUUAAAUAUUUUCGAGGAGUUCUCAACGGCGACAAUUGGGCUUUGAAAAUGAUGGAUGCCGAUGGAAGGCACACUUGGGGGUUGUUUUGGGGCAGCAGGUACUGGGUUGGAUCGCCCGAUCUGUGUCGCGAGAUGAAUCGCGAGGUGAAAGACACCGUUGGAUUAUUUGAAAGUAAUCGCAAGGAGCAUCUGGCAGCCCCGCCGUUCGGAGUUGACGUCAAUUCCGUAAACUUAAGGCUUGACAUUUUAAAGCCAGGCCUAAACGGAACGCACGACGUAACUCUUGGACUGUGCUUACCGGAUCACUGUACCGUGGAUGACGUUUCAAUCCUUUUGAAUUUCGCUGUCAAUACAUCGGCGAAGAAUGUUCACAGAAAAAUCGUUCUAAGCCACGUGCGAAAUCUUUCGGACGGUUACACGCUGUGGAGUGAUCACACGUUCUACAUCAUAUUGAUCACGUCGUCAUUCGUCCUGGUAUUCGUAGUUUUUGGAACAAUUUACGACGCUGCGCUAAGGUAUCAAGUUCUACGUACCGACCAACAAAAGAGGAAAGACUCGAACGUUAUUGUUGAGAUGAAGAGUUUGAGACCCUCCGAAGAUCUUGACGACGCGAUUACAAUUUCAAAGUUGUGGUCGGUCAAAACUCACAAUGGAUCUUUAGAUCUGGUGAAUCAAAGGGACGUGCCAAGACCCUUGUCCGAGGCGCUUCUGUCGUUUAGCAUUCUACUGAAUAUUUCGAAACUAGCAAGCUGGGAAGUCGGUGACGAUACUUUGGCCCCGAUACACGGACUGCGAUUAGUUUCACUUUUCUGGGUUAUCCUGGUCCAUACGUGUCUACUGGCGAACGAGAUAUCCGAUAACAUAAUGUUCAGGACAAAGGCGGAAAGCGAUUUUCUCUAUCAAACUAUAAGCAAUGGUACUUAUGCCGUCGACACAUUUUUUUUUAUGAGCGGGUGUUUAGUAUCCUUUCUCUACUUUCGCACGAUAGCAAAACAACGGAUGCGAGAGUUGCAAAUUACGAAAGGCUUCAUUGGCCAAUUUUUACAAUUUUUAGGAAUGAUGUGGUACCGUUAUUUCAGAUUGACGCCACCGUAUCUGCUCGUCAUAGGAUUCGUUCAAAUAUCCAUGAAAUGGUAUCACGCUCAUUCCGUAAUCGAAUUGCCUGCCUUGGAUCACGACACUUGCGAAAAGUUUUGGUGGCGGAAUGCUUUGUACGUGAACACUUACUUCCCGAUGGAAGACAGAUGUAUGGUCUGGAGCUGGUACUUGGCAAACGACACGCAAUUUUACACCGUCGGUAUAAUAAUUCUGAUAGUCGCAGCGAGUUUCCUCUACGUUGGAGCGGCGUUGGGAGUCUUGUUCCUGGUCGGUUCUUGGAUAAUCACGGCCAUCGUUACCUUGAACACGGAACACGUUCCCACAAUUGAAGAACCCUUCGCUCAUUACGAAAGCUUGUACGACAAGCCUUGGACGAGGAUCGGACCUUACUUAAUAGGAAUGGCGACCGGAUGGUUCCUCUUCAAAACGAAGUGUCAAAUAAAGAUGAAUAUGGUGACCGUAGCCUUUGGCUGGACAAUUUCCCUCGCCACGAUGUUGAGCAUAGUCUACGGUUUGUACGGUAACACGUUUGGCCCGGUAUUGUCCGUAAUGUACACGACUUUGUCGCAUUCUGGCUGGGCAUUGAGCGUCGCCUGGGUUCUGGUCGCUUGUGUCACAAGGCAUGGAGGUAUAAUAAACAGCUUUCUUUCGUGGAAAUAUCUUUAUCCACUAUCAAGACUGACCUACUGCGCGUAUCUCGUUCAUCCCGCAUUGAUGCGUUCGAUGAUACUCAGGGGCGAGAGUUCCUUGCAUCUUACCCAAGGUCUGGUGGCAAUGCUGUUCUUCGGCGUCACGGUGGCGUCGUACAUGGUCUCCAUUGUCCUAAGCCUCCUUUUCGAGGCGCCUAUGGUGUCGCUUUUGCGGAUCGUGCACCCCAUGCGUCGAUGGAAAAACGAUUAAAAUCUCUCGUCCAACGAAGUAACAGCACGCUACCAAUUUAUAAAAUUUAUUGUACAAUCAAAGCUUAUUAAUAAUAAGUAGUAUUAAUUGACAAGA